AUGGCGGCAGCUUCGAGGACAGCUAUGCUUCGACAAGCACAGCUCCUAUCGACGUCCAAGCGAUUGUUCUCGAGCACUGCCCAACCUCUUCGACCCUUCCGGCCAGCUCCUCUGAUCCCUUCCACAAGACAAUUCCUUUCCCCGCAACUGUCACUUGCUUCUCAGAUUGCGCCCUUCUCCUCAACUGCGCAAAGGAAGAUUCUCCCGGCCGGUCCGCAGGUCAUCAAAGGGGGAGUCAACGACCCUGCGCCCGUACCGAAGCCCGAUCCCCUCCAUGGAAGCUAUCACUGGACAUUUGAACGGAUUCUGUCGGUGGCAUUGGUGCCCUUGACCAUCACACCUUUUGCUGCCGGCUCAGUCAGUCCGAUGCUAGAUGCAGCUUUGAUCUUUGGUAUUUUGAUCCACUCACACGCGGGUUUUCAGUCAAUCAUCAUUGAUUACAUUCCCAUCAACCGUCACCCGACCAUGCGGCGAACCUUUAUGUGGCUAUUGAACCUGGGUACCCUCGUUGUGGCGGUGGGUUUCUACGAGUUCGAAACCAACGAUGUCGGUGUGGUUGAGGCAAUGAAAAGAAUAUGGCACGCAGGUGCGAAUGACGCCACGAUUGGCAAGGCCGAUACAGCGAGUUUGGGUUACGAUGGGAAGCUCAAGAACCUGAAAUAA